AUGGUGACUCAGAGAGGCUCUCAUGGACUGGCUGCGGAACACAGUGCUGUCAAGAACAAGCAACCUGCCUUGCACUACCUAGAACUCCCAGUUCCCACCAUUCACCCAGUUCCUCAGCUAGAAGGGGUUAGAGCAAAUCAGCUUCCAGAUUCAGGGUGUUCACCGCAGGGCCACUCGGUGCUCCUGCCGCCACCUCCCCUGACUGCGGCUGAACCUGCUACCACUGCACAGCAAACCGCACAUAACACAGGAAGAGGCGGCUGUUGCACUGCCCUGGGCCUGCCUGAGGAGCCAGGGCGCUCUCUGCCCGGCUCGCCACAGCUUCUAAGACUCCUGUUUGCAGUCCCCAAGCGCUUCCUCCUCGCCUGUUCAUUUCCGGAAGCUACAGCUGACCUCCGGACCUGCACCCUCCCUCCCUGUUCUAGGAAUUCAGCACCCUUUCUGCUCUCUUCAACUUCUGAGCAGCCAGAACUUUACCCUUCACUGGGCCACCAUAUAAGGAUGCCACUGCCAUGGGACAAGGCAGGUUUCAGAUGGUUGGAGAAGGGAUUCAGACCUGUGCUAUUAUGCCACACGAAGAAGGCCUGGAUUGUUACUAUAGACACUUGUGUGCAGGAACACUAUGGAGCUCAUCAAAAUCAUGUCUGAAAAUGUGAGGACAUAGGGAAAAGCAUGAAGAAUAUAAUAUGAUGCAUAGAUGGUAUGCGUAUAAUUGCACAUCCAGAGGGUGAGUUCAAAAGGCAAUAUAAUGUUAACAGUAGGUUGCCUCCGUGUCCUAGGCUUUGUCUGGUUCUUGCCUUUCUUUAGCAGUAGACAGGUAAUACUUUUAUAAUCAGAAAA